AUGAAAAGGCCUAGCAGCAAAUCAUGCUGCACGAAUCAAGCUACUGGUGAUGUCAAAGCCCUGGCUCGAGAGACAUCAUACUCUCUCGAUGAUAUCAUUAUCUCAUCUAUGAACCCCGCAGAAUCGGCUCUAAGCAAACCCUCAAUCAUUGAUGAGGAGAAAGACGCUGCACGUGAGCACGUUGUCCUUAGCGUGUCUGGCAUGACUUGUACUGGUUGCGUUCAAAAAUUGACUAACGUUCUCCACAACGUCGACGGCGUCUUUGCUGUAAAGGCUACCUUCGUGACGGGAAUUGCAGAAUUCGAUUUCGACCAGAAUACCGCAAAACUUGAGGACAUUAUUCCACGCAUUCAAAAGGAGACAGGGUUCAAAUUCUCGCAGAUCGUGAGUACCCUCCAGGCACUGGAUCUUCUUGUUGAUCCUUCUGUUACCCACCAAGCUCUUGAGCGGCUUUAUGAUCUGUGUGAGUCUGUUGAAAAAGUCAACAAGACCACCUAUCGUGUGAGCUAUGACCCCACUUGUGUGGGUGCCAGGACCAUCCUGGCCUCUGAUCCUGGUAUUCACCUGGCUCCUCCAGGAACCGAUGGCAAGUUGGCCGAUGGCCGUCGCAGACUCAUACACAUGGCAUGGGCUACAGCAUUGGCCGCCCUCUUCACUAUACCAAUCGUUGUGUUGGCUUGGUCUGAUGGUCCAGUACCUUAUUCUACCAGUUCGAUAGUGGAACUGGUCCUCGGCACCCUUGUCCAGGCGAUUGCUGUGCCAGAGUUCUAUACAGGAGCACUUAAGUCUCUUAUUUACAGCCAGGUCAUCGAAAUGGACAUGCUUGUCGUUAUCAGCAUCACGGUGGCAUAUGGAUAUUCAGUUGUUGCUUUCGCGCUCACUCGUGCGGGCUAUGCUUUGCAAGAGAAAGCUUUUUUUGAAACAAGCUCCCUCUUGAUAACUCUGGUCUUGCUUGGACGACUCGUUGCGGCAAUCGCCAAAGUUCGAGCUGUGUCUGCGGUCUCUGUACGAUCGCUGCAGGCUGAAAAAGCAAUUCUCCGUGAUUCCUCUAUUGAAGGAACAGCCGAAAUCGACGCAAGGCUGCUUCAAUUGGGGGAUGUCUUCAUCGUUCCAGCACACAGCACAGUCCCUACAGAUGGAGAGAUCAUAGAGGGUACAAGCGCUGUCGACGAGUCGAUGCUGACGGGCGAGAGCAUUCCUGUCCCAAAGACGACAGGAGACCAGCUGAUCGCGGGGACUACCAAUGGUCCUGGAACCCUAACUGUCCGUCUCACCCGACUGCCAGGCAAAAACAGCAUCACGGAUAUUGCAGGCUUGGUGGAGAAUGCUCUCGCUUCUAAGCCUCGCAUUCAGGAUCUUGCGGACAAGAUUGCCUCUUAUUUUAUCCCGGGCGUCAUUAUUGUUUCCUUGAUCGUAUUCGCCAUCUGGGUCAUAGUCGCCCUCAAGGUGCGUGGCGAGAACGGAGGCAGCGCUAUUGGCUUGUCGAUCACCUACGCCAUUGCUGUUCUAGCUGUUUCUUGCCCAUGUGCACUCGGUUUGGCAGUACCGAUGGUACUCGUCAUUGCAGGUGGCGUCGCCGCCCGACAAGGCAUUAUCAUCAAGCAGGCUGAUGCAAUCGAAAGAGGUUACAAGGUCACUGACGUUGUCUUCGACAAGACAGGGACCAUCACCACGGGAGAGCUAGAAGUUGUCCACUCGCAAACCUAUCCUGAUGCAGGAUACGCUGAGGACGAGAUCACUUCUGUCACCAGGACUCUCAUCCAAGAUAAUCAGCAUCCUGUUUCUAUGGCUGUCGCUACUGAUCUAAAGAAAGCUGGCGGCAAGCUCUGCAAACUCGAGGACCUGGAAUCCAUUCCUGGAUCGGGGAUUCGAGGUGUGUGGAAUGGGCGAGUUGUCCGUGCAGGCAACCCCUUCUGGCUUGACAUCGAGAGUCGCCCUGAAAUCUCCGCAUUAGCGGAUCAGGGUAUGACGGUCCUUUGCGUGGCUAUUGAUGCGGAACCCGUUGCCGUGUUUGGGCUCAAGAGCAACAUUCGCCCCGAAGCCGCCAGUGUCAUUGCAGACCUCCACAGUCGCGGCCUGACGUGCCACAUUGUAAGCGGCGACACAUCGAAAGUCGUCAAUGAUGUCGCACAAGCCGUUGGUAUUCCCAUCUCGAACGUUGUGUCGCGAUACGCGCCGGCACAGAAGCAGAAUUACGUCCAGGGCCUGAUGGCUUCCAAGAAAGUCGUAUUGUUCUGCGGCGACGGAACAAAUGACGCUGUUGCGGUCGCCCAAGCCAAUGUCGGUGUACAGAUCGGAGCUGCAUCCGCCGUGACCCGAGGCACCGCUGAUGUCGUCUUACUUGGUGGGCUCGACGGCGUGCCAGCGCUUCUCACUCUGUCGAAGCGAUCAUUCCGCAGAAUCACCUUCAACUUCGUGUGGUCAGCAAUUUACAACUUGUUUGCGAUCCUGCUCGCUGGAGGGGCUUUCGUUAAGGUUCGCAUCCCUCCCGCAUAUGCAGGCCUCGGAGAGAUCGUGAGCGUCAUGCCUGUCAUUCUGGCGGCUCUGACUCUCUUGAGGGUCAGACUAUUCAGCCCAGUUCCAGUCUGA